AAUAAACUGGAUUUUUUACCUUUUUUAUUUUGCAGGUAUGAUGUGUGUAAGAAUAGGAAAAGUGAGUUGUAUGCUAUGGUGGCUAGUGCUGGUGACAGUCACUUGCUGCCAGGCAAUCAUGUUCCCACUGCAGCCUGGAGCUGUCAAGUGCCUCAAGGAAGAGAUUCAUAAAGACGUCCUGGUUUCUGGUGCUUACAACAUCAUGGAUGCUCCUGGCCAAACUGUUGAUCUCAAAGUCACUGACAGCAAAGGACACAUCCUCUUCAGCAAAGAUGAGGCAGACUCUGGAAAAUUUGCUUUCAACACUGAAGAUUAUGAUGUGUUUGAAAUUUGUUUCCUGUCGCACAUUCCACAAG